AUGAGGAUACUAAAUCAACUGUUAACUAUCCCUCUUCUCUUUGGAGUCACUGUAAUCUGUCAGUAUGAAAGCUAUGACUUUGAAGAUGAAUAUGACAAUGAACUGGAUAACGAAUAUCCAUCUGUGUUCCAUUUUAUUCCCAACGUAGAAUAUGCCAUUCCUGACCCUACCAUACCUGCGGAAUGUGCCAGAGAAUGCUUAUGUCCACCUACGUUCCCUGUAUCAAUGUACUGUGAUCAUCGUAAACUUCAGACAAUACCAAACAUCCCCACUCACAUCCGGCAACUUUAUCUACAGUACAAUGAUAUUGAAGCUGUGCUUGUUAAGUCAUUUGUUAAUGCUACAGCCUUGAGAGAAAUUAACCUCAGCCAUAACAAAAUUAAGUCUCAUAUGAUUGAGACUGGCGUCUUUGCAAAACUUUCAAACCUAGUGCAACUCCAUUUAGAACAUAAUCUGUUAGAAGAAAUACCAUUCCCUCUACCCAGAGGACUAGAACGACUGAUCCUGGGUUUCAAUAAAAUUUCCAGAUUACCCAGCAAAACCCUGGAUGGCUUAGUAAAUCUAACUAUGCUUGACCUCUGCAACAACUACCUUGAUGAUCCUCAACUCCAUGGAAAACACUUUUCAGAUAUGAAAAACCUUAUGCAGAUCAACCUCUGCAGCAACAGAUUAAAAUCCAUGCCUCCUGAUCUACCAGUCUCACUCAUGUAUCUUUCCCUUGAAAAUAAUUCAAUCGCUUUCAUUCCAAAUAAUUAUUUCCAGAUGCUCCCAAAAAUUAUUGCUCUAAGAAUGUCAUACAACAAUUUGCAUGAAGUUCCUUAUAAUGCCUUUAACAUUUCUAAUCUCAUGGAACUCAACCUUGGGCACAAUAAACUGAAGCAAGCAUUCUAUAUUCCAAGAAGCCUACAGCAUUUAUACAUAGAAGAUAACAUCAUAGAAGUUAUAAAUGUUACUUUAAUGUGUCCUUCUAUUGAUCCACUGAACCUCAACCACUUAACCUAUAUUCGUGUAGACCAAAAUAAACUCACAGCCCCAAUAAGCACAUACGCCUUCUUCUGCUUUCCUCACAUACGCAGUAUUUAUUAUGGUGAACAAAAAAUUAGUGCCAGUCAGCCAACACAGCUGAAAACUCCAGUGUUCCGGAGAUAUCUAACACCAGAAGAGUAUGAUGAAGCAGAAGAUGAUCAUGAAGAGCAACAGCAAGAAGAAAGAAAUGAUGACUAUUUUGAUCCUUACUUAUACUAA